AUGACAGAGCUAUCAAAGAGAAUAACAGAAGUUACACUGAUGAGCUUAGGAGAAAACUUCGUGAAGGAAUUUUUCGAUUCCGAAUUUCCUAACUGUCAGGGUUACCUGAGAAUACUUCGUAGAGGAUUAAGUCUGAAGAGUCCAGAAGCAAAAGCAUUUGCUGAAAAAUUGGAUAGCUUGAUGGUGUUAAUUUUUGAGCAUCUUGAAUCUUGUGGUGGCCAUUUGAUCCAGAUCUUUCAAACUCUUCUGGACUCAUUUAUGAAGACUGUUUUGACUGCAUACAAACCAAAAUUUUCCCAGUUUGUGAUAUUCUAUGUGUGUGCUCUUGAUCCUGGAAACUGCGGUGUGACAUUUGCUUUGAAGCUUGAAGAUAAAUUCUUUUGCAGUACUAACUACCCAGACAUCGGAAUGAAUGUCGUUGCUUACCUUGCUAGUUAUUUGUCUCGGGCAAAAUUUCUGUCGGUCUCUGUGGUUGCUGGCACCCUGCAAAGGUUGGUGGAUUGGUGUUUCAAAUAUAUCGAAAUGCAGGAUGAUGAAAUAAAUCCAGAAGCUCAUAGGAUAUUUUAUUCUGGAUGUCAGGCCAUCAUGUAUUUGCUGUGCUUCCGAAUGAGAUCAAUGAUGGAUGAUCCUCAGCUGAAGCCAUGGCUUGUUCGUUUGCCUUUAGAUUUGAUUUUGAAUAAUAAGUUGAGCCCGCUGAAGGUGUGUCUGCCUUCCAUUGUAUUGGAGUUUCUACGGCAAGCAAAAGCAGCUAGGUUAUUUAUGACAUCUGAGAAAUUCAAUUUUGACGACUACCUGGAAUCAGAACUUUCAAGGGAAUUUGGUGGGACGAAAAGACUCGACAUGUUCUUCCCAUUUGACCCAUGUCUGCUGAAAAAAAGUGACAGUUACAUCCGGCCAAACUUCAUUUUCUGGUCAAUGGUUCAACCCACAUAUGAUGACGAAGAUUCCAGUGAUGAAGAUGUCGGUGAAGCUUUUGCAGGUGACGAUGAUGAUGACGGUGGAAUGGAUUAUGGGAUUAUGCAGACCUUGGAGGAACAGCAUUUUGAUUUUGAUGAAUUCGACUCUUCAUUGAACAAAAUGUCUAUCACACCAAAAGAUUCCUUACAUAGUAGGUUUGGUGGUGCAAUAAACCAACCCAUGCGAAUGCCCUCGAGAAUUAGACCGUCAACAAGUCCGGAAUCAUUGUAAACUAAACCCUCUUUUCUUUAAUGGAAGUUGCAAGCUGCUAAACUGUAUUGGUUGUACAAACAGACAUUAUGAUGGCCUCAGAGGAAUGUGGCAAGCUGAUGAUGAGUGCGAUGCGAGGUGAUAGACUUUAGUCUCUAUUUUUUAUCUAUUUGUUUUGGGUAUUACUCUACAUUGAAUUUGGAGAAUAUCUGUCUACUGAUGAGCUUGAUUUUA